AUCUCAAAUUGAAGAUUCGAUUCCAAUCGAGAAAAAAUGUAAUAUUACAGUAUGGCGACUCGCGCUGUGCAUUUGGAGGUUGUCACUGAGUUGUCAACUAAAGCCUUUCUCGCCGCAUUAACUAGGUUCACAUCAAUUCGUGGCAUGCCCAACACCAUUUAUUCUGACAAUGGUACUGCUUUCACUGGAGCCAGUGGUGAACUUCAAGAGCUCUACAAUUUUUUGGAUGAUUCACGGAAUCAACAUUUGUUACAGAAGUCAGCAGCUUCUUGGAGAAUUCAGUGGAACUUCAUUCCACCUCGCGCACCUCACUUUGGUGGUCUUUGGGAGCGCUCAAUCAGAAGUUUCAAAAGCAUUUUCAAGAUUGUUACUUUGAAGCAAGUUCUCAACUUUGAAGAAUUACAUACUCUAAGUGCUCAAAUUGGAGCUAUCCUCAAUUCUAGACCCAUUACCCCAUUAUCUGAAGACCCUCAUGACCUAGCGUAUUUGUCACCAGGACAUUUUUUGAUUGGUAGGCCUAUAAAUGCACUUCCCAUGAAAUCACAACCGACAAAGCAUGUGAAUCACCUUGCACACUGGCAAAUGAUAACGGAUUUGAAUAGGCAGUUGUGGGAGAGGUGGUCACAAGAAUAUCUAGUCACUUUGCAGCAAAAACACAAGUGGACGUCUUCAAGAGACAACAUUGCUGUUGGAAUUUUGGUAUUGUUGAAGGAUCCUGGUGCUCCACCCGCUGUUUGGAAAUUGGGGCGCAUCACUGAGGUUUUUCCUGGCAUGGAUGGGAAGGUACGAGUUGUGAUGGUGCUUACUGAGUCUGGAAUUGUCAAGCGUGCAAUUUCCAGUAUUGCACCUCUACCUAUCGUUGAAGAUCAAGAAGACGUUGAAUAAGUUUUAACAUAUACUUUUUUUUUCUUGGGCAAUUCUUUGAAUUCCCCAACGGGGCCCACUUUAUGUUAAAACUAUUCCCCAUCUUCAAACAAUCUCUUUUAUUGAUAUUUUGAUUUGUAUUGUCAUGUUUCUCUGCGUGGUAGUUAUUAGUUUGUAUCUUUGCAGCUGGAGCGCUAGUUGUCCACUGCUGACUUGAUACUGUGUAUUCCCGUUGCACAUUUUAUUUAUCGUUGUUCUAGUUUUUGGAUAUGUUCUGAAGCCUUUGUCAUUUAUUAUUGUAUUUGUCAAUUUGUUGUUUGGCUUCCAGAUAUUUUUUGCAUCUUUUAAUAGAUCAUUUUUAUUGGUGAUUUCUUGAUCAAGGUAGCACCUGCUUGCUUUCCAUUUCCUGUCCUUCGCUGCUCGUCACUUGGCUUCUACCAGCAACUUCGUGUGUGUCUCCAAUUAUUCUGCUUUAUUUGUGAAAAUAGUUUCACCUCACCCUGUUUUACUUGUUUUAUUUGUUGGAGAAAUUUUUUCGGUUCUUUGGAGCCAUCAACUUUAAAAAUCGCAUAAGUAGUUCAUUUACUAUUUCAAUUUUAAUUUGUCAAUGUGCUCGGGAACUCUCUUGUGUGUAUAAGUUACAACUUGAACUCUCAUCUUUCGUGAAAAUAGUUUCACCUCGCCCUGUUUUACUUGUUUUAUUUGUUGGAGACAUUUUUUCGGUUCUUUGGAGCCAUCAACUUUGGAAUUCGGACAUUUAAUUCAUGUGAUAUUUCAUUUCUAAUUUGUCAAUGUGUUCGGAACUCUUGUGCGUGUAAGUUACAACUUGAACUCUCAUCUCUCGUGAAAAUAGUUUCACCUCGCCCUGUUUGUUUAUUUCAAUUGUUGGACAUUCUCGCUAUUUUUUGUUUCUCAAGACUUAAACACUUGUUCCAAUUUUACAUAUUCUAUUUCCAUUACGUCAUUCUCAAAAUGGCUGCUUGCGUGUGUCACCGCAUCUACCUACAAGUUUAAAUUUGUUUUACAUAUUGCAGACUCUUGUUUUACAUCAAGUGCUAACUUGUUUAGUAAUUCUUUAUUUGAAAUUUUGGGACUGAAAGUUUACCCAUCAUUCAUUCUAUUGAUACUUCGUGAUAUAUUGCCCAUAUCACUGUUUAAAGUGACUCUCAAUUGUAAAUCGCAUUUUACAAACAUUGCAACUGAAUAUUUCCAAGACUCAGGAAAUAUAUUCUUAGAAAGAUUAAUUGUAAACUCUUCCUCUACAACUGGUUGCUGUUUCAUCCGCAUUUCAAACAAGUUGGAAUCUUGUUUCUCUUCUGAUGUGUCCAUUCGAGCUAUUGGAAGUUCAUGCUGUCUUCGAAGGCCCUAGACCAAACCGGGACCUUGACUGUGCCCUAUUCGAGCUAUUGGAAGCUCGCGCUGUCCUUGAAGGCCCUAGACCAAACCGGGACCUUGGUUCUUGCAUUUAUGUUCCACAGCUAAGUAUUUUUGUAUCAUCCACUUUGUAUUUUUAUACUGCCCUAAUCUAUUGUUUUUAUCUUUCAGGUUAGGAAUUCAUGGUUGUUCAUAUUCAACCUCACUUUAUCUUUGAGUUAUUUGAUAAGUCAAAUUGCUCUUGAGAACUGUUUGUCAGUUUUUUUUGUAAUCAAUUCAUGAAUGUUCUGUGAACAUUGCAAUUAUCAAUCCUUUUGAUUCUUUUUAUUAUUCUUUGAUUAUUGCUAAAGCUUAGUCUCUGCAUUUUGCAAUUAGGCUAUUUCAGUAUAGACUACUGUUGUUCUGAACAAAGCUCAGGCUAGAGCUACUAGAGGACUGUAAUUUACUAUUCAAUUUAUCAAAUACUAACA